AACUCUCCGGAGCACCGAGGAAGAGCAUCUUCUCGUGGGAACUCUCUAAGCCCUUCGAAUCCUUCGCAAGGACCUCGCUCACGGCGAUCUCAAGUCCCUCAGAUAGGAUGCGGCGUACACGCCACAUGGUAUUGCCUGUGCGAUCUUGGCAAUACAUCGGACUUCUGAUAGUAUCGUUGGCAUGUUUGACGUUGGGGUUGGUAUCGAGGGACAGAGAAGGGCAUGCCGGCAGUCUCGCAGGACCUGAACUCGAGCAUCAGGCUCCCCAUGAGGUGGACGCCUGUCCGAAUUUGAAUCUCUUCACCGAAAUGCCUUCACAAUUGCUCGCGAAGUCGGGAGAGGCCGUGAAGCCGAUUGACGAUCGUGAAACGAGAGUGUCCGGGUCCAGAGUAUCAUUGACAACUCGUAGAUCCGCACUCUCUCGAUCUCUGAGUCUCGACCGCUCCUCCAGACUCGCUUCGCGAGAGGCUCGAGAGCGGUCCGCGAGGAACCGAGAUCCGAGAGCGGUCGAGAGGCUUUCAAGACUGAGAAGCCGCGCGUCCGACAACGAAUCCGUCAACCGACCCCAGGAAUCCCGAUUCAGGACGCUCGUGCAAUCUCGCGAAGCCAGGAACGCGGUUGAACCGGCCUCUCGGGUCUCCCGAUCGCGCGACCUCUCCGACCGCGCGGCCGAACGUCGUUCUUCCGAAGUACAAAGAUCGCUUCGUUCCGAGCGUCGUCGCCUGGCCGAUGGCGACGAGAUCGCGCGCCGGCUAAAUCGCGUCGAUCGAUCGGUGGACAACGAUCGUCGCCGAUCACUCUCGGUCGAGCGACGAAUCCCAGCCGAAAUUCAUCGGCGAGAGUCGCGCGAGAUUCUAAUUAGCCGCCGAGAGUUCAGCGAUUCAGCACGCCGCGUCGAUCAACGAUUCGAGACGCGAGAACGUAGAUCCCGAUCCACCGAUCGACGCGACGUGGUCGAACGACGCGCGGCCGAGCGUCGCGAAGAUCGCAAGAGUCUCUUGGAUCGUUCAGCGCGGAUCGCGCGGCAGGACAGCGACCGCAGCAAUAAUCUGGAGCGCCGAAACCGGUCUCCGGAGAACCGUCGCGCUCUCCUGGAUCGCGUCGCGAACCGGGAACGCAGAUCGCGAUCUUCGCUUGCCUCCAGGGAUUCUCGUAGGGACCUCGCUGGAUCCGACGACCGUCGGUCUCCGUCUCGAUCGAUGGAACGUGCCAACGAUGAGGGAUCCAGGGAUCGGCGUAGAUCGUUCUCUGGAUCCUCGACUCGAUCAACGGAACGUCGCGAGAUUGAUCUCGCGGAGCGCCGGAAGACGGAGAGUCGUCUUCGCAGAUCUCUCGAAAGAACUCCGUCGCGAAUUUCGCCGGAGGAUUCGCGUCGCGGAAGGCUCGCUCGCUCGAAGAGGAUCGCGAACGCGCGUGAUUCCCGCGGAAACGCGGCCAACGGGGAGGAUUCUAGAGUCGCUUUCGCGCGGGACGAACGAUCGCGUUACGGUGUCGAGGAGACCGCGAGCCGAGAGCGAAGGGAGAGACUCGGCCGAUCCUUCCGCUCGCUGGACCGUCGAUCGUCGGCGGAUCGACGAGAAGUUUCGAAGAACGGAGACGCGAGGAGUCACGAUCGCGAAGCGCGCGAUUCUUCCGAACGACCGGGUCUGGCUGCGGAGCGCCGGGAAAGGACGAGCCGUUCGUCUCGCGAGGAGCGAAGGGUCGCCCUCCGGGAAUCUCGAAGCUUGGAGAGGGACUCCGAACGACGAGUACCGGAGGGAGUAUUGGAAAGACGAGUGUCUCGCGAAAGGAUCCUGGAGAGGUCUCAUCAUGGAGGAGUUGCAGUGCGGCGAGCCGCUCCGGUUUCGGUACGACGCGAUUCACGAAGGGUGUCCGAACGACGAGUCGACGGGUCGAGCUCGAGAUCACGGGAAGAAUCCAGGAUGGCAGAUCGUCGCCUAGAACGAGGCUUGGAACUACUUCGAGCUUCUCGUGAGAGGAGUUUAGAGAAGCGAUCGGCUCUUGACUCGCGAAGAUCAACCGAGCGAAGAAUCGAGGAGAACUCGAGAUCACGUGAAGGAUCCAGGAUGGCAGAUCGUCGCCUGGAACGAAGCCCGGAGUUGCGAGUUUCUCGUGCGAGGACUCUGGAGAAACGAUCUUUUCUUGAUUCACGAAGAUCGGCUGAGCGAAGAAUCGUUGAGAGCUCGAGGUCGCGUGAAGAAGCCAGGAUGGCAGAUCGUCGUCUGGAGCGAAGCCUGGAAUUGCGAACUUCUCGUGGAAGAGCUCUGGAAAAAAGAUCUGCUUUGGACUCGCGGAGAUCGGUUGAACGAAGGGUUGUCGAGAGCUCGAGAUCACGUGAAGAAUCCAGAAUGGCAGAUCGUCGCCUGGAACGAAACCUGGAAUUGCAAGCUUCUCGUGGAAGAAUUCUAGAGAAACGAUCUCCUCUUGAUUCACGAAGAUCGGCUGAACGAAGAAUUGUCGAAAACUCGAGAUCACGUGAAGAAGCCAGGAUGGCAGAUCGUCGUCUGGAGCGAAGCCUGGAAUUGCAAACUUCUCGUGGAAGAACUCUGGAGAAACGAUCUGCUCUGGACUCGCGGAGAUCGGUUGAGCGAAGAAUUGUUGAAAGCUCGAGAUCACGUGAAGAACCCAGGAUGGCAGAUCGUCGUCUGGAGCGAAGCCUGGAAUUGCAAACUUCUCGUGGAAGAACUCUGGAGAAACGAUCUGCUCUGGACUCGCGGAGAUCGGUUGAGCGAAGAAUUGUUGAAAGCUCGAGAUCACGUGAAGAACCCAGAAUGGCAGAUCUCCGUCUGGAACGAGACCUGGAAUUGCGAACUUCUCGUGGAAGAGCUCUGGAAAAAAGAUCUGCUUUGGACUCGCGGAGAUCGGUUGAACGAAGGGUUGUCGAGAGCUCGAGAUCACGUGAAGAAUCCAGAAUGGCAGAUCGUCGCCUGGAACGAAGCCUGGAAUUGCAAACUUCUCGUGGAAGAACUCUGGAGAAACGAUCUGCUCUGGACUCGCGGAGAUCGGUUGAGCGAAGAAUUGUUGAAAGCUCGAGAUCACGUGAAGAACCCAGAAUGGCAGAUCUCCGUCUGGAACGAGACCUGGAAUUGCGAACUUCUCGUGGAAGAACUCUAGAGAAACGAUCUGCUCUGGACUCGCGGAGAUCGGUUGAGCGAAGAAUUGUUGAAAGCUCGAGAUCACGUGAAGAACCCAGAAUGGCAGAUCGCCGUCUGGAACGAAGCCAGGAAUCGCGAGCUUCUCGUGGAAGGAUUCUGGAGAAACGAUCUGCUCUCGCUUCGCGAAUGAUCGAGGAAGGCUCGAGAUCACGUGAAGGAUCCAGGAUGGUGGAUCGACGCCUGGAACGAAGUUUGGAAUUGCGAACUUCUCGUGGAAGAACUCUGGAGAAACGAUCUACCCUCGACUCACGAAGAUCGUCCGAGCGAAGGAUUGAUGAGAACUUGAGACUAACAAAUAUUCUUAAAGAAGAUACUAUUAGACAAUCCCGUCAGAGAUCAUCGAGUCUGAAUGUCAAGGAGCCGUCACUGAAACUAGCUUCUCUCCGUCGCGUCGUCGGGGUUUCCCAUGUUCCUGAGCAAAAUCGCGGGCGACGUAGCUUGUCCGCUGAGAGGAUACUCUCCAAGAUCGCUGACCACGAACGACUCUCCGCCAAAUGGGAACGAAAUUUGCAGGACACGCGUGUCGAUAGAAACGUGGAGGUCAGGACGAAGAUCGUUUCCAACUUAACGAAGAACGGCGAAUUCUUGGAGUAUCCUGUAACGUACAACUUUAUUAGGCAAGCUGUCGUCGUCGCGCUCUGCACCGUUUAUGGGCUUUCUCUCUAUAAUGGCGAAAAAUCCUUCUUUAGGAACAACGUGGCGCAACAGGUGCAACGUUUCAUGGCGUGGUGAAAGACGAAGCGACAGCUGGCUACCGAAACGGCAACGACAACCGCUAUUUCCGUGGAACCGCUUCUGUCGACUUUAUCAUUUCGCCAAUUAUAACGUUACGUUGCCAUAUGUGUCUAAUGUGUCCAAGUUCUCAGAAUGUAUAUUAAUGUACAGCUGGUGUAGUAUCCCGUAGAGAUAUAGCGUGUAUCUGAGAGGAUAUAUUUUGUGCGAAUAAAUAUAGUUGGAGUCGUAGCUAAAGAGA